AUGCUGUCCCGUACCGCCAUCACGUUCGCUUCCGCGGCUCUGCCGCUGGUCUUCGGCAGCCCCGUGGCCAACAUUGCGCCGGGCGUUUCGCCCCGUGACGGCGUGUCCGGCACCUCGACGUUCUAUGGCGGCAAUCUGAACGGCGGUGCCUGCUCUUUUACUACCAUGUCGUCCCUGCCGUCGGGCAUCUACGGCACUGCGUUCUCGGGUUCCAGCUGGGACAAUGCAGCGAACUGCGGUGCCUGCCUCGAGGUAACGGGUCCCAGCGGGAACUCCAUUACUGUCAUGGUCGUAGAUAAGUGUCCCGAGUGUGACGCUGGCCACCUAGAUCUCUUCCAGGAUGCCUUCGCAGUGCUGGGCGCGACGUCGGCCGGCGAGCUGGCCACAUCCUACACACCCGUGGCGUGCCCCAUCACCAGCCCGCUGGUCCUGCACAACAAGAGCGGCACCUCGGCCUACUGGUUCAGCAUGCAGGUGGUCAACCACAGCUCCCCGGUGGCCUCGCUCGAGGUAUCGACAGACGGCGGCGCCACGUGGCAGGCGACGACGCGUUCCGAUUACAACUUCUUCGAGAACCAGAGCGGCUUCGGCAAGGACACGGUCGAUGUCCGGGUGACCAGCACUGGCGGGAAGUCGGUCGUGGUUAAUGGGGUCAGUGUGGCGUCGGAUUCCUCUGUCACGGCGGCGGGGAAUUUCUAG